AGUGCUGAAUGAUGACGCAGAAAGGCUUGGUGGUUGUGGGGCAAGAAUCACAUCACUCUACUGGCGUUCGAUAUGCAUCUACGACUUGGUCCUUUAGUACCACUCAAAGCUGCUCAAGAUCAUGCAUUGCGCAAUAGACUCAACGCCGCCUCGCAACCAUUGUAAAGCAUGUUGGAGCUCUAGCGGCUCUGCCUGAUGUGGGUAACGCAAAUGGUAGCUCCACAGCAGCUCAAUGCCGAUCAGGUGUAGAUGCGCGAUGCGUGAUGACCUUUGUGAAGGUAAAGUGAUGUAAAUCUGGAGUAAGUAUAUGGCCCCGAACACCUGCCCAGUGUUUCCUUCUAGUUUAUCUCGUAGGUGAGCCACUACGACAGUCACCUGUGCUCCAUAAUGGCUACAGGCACAACGGCAGAUGGUUGGGACAAGAAUGCAGAAUACUAUGAGGCCACCAUUGGCGUCAAUCUCACGGAGCCUCUUGCUCGUGAUUUGGUCUCCUGGGCCAGCAGCGUCAACCCUCUCGAAACCAAAGGCUCAAAAGCGUUCGAUAAUGGCUGUGGCACAGGACUUGUCGCCCGGACUCUUGCUAAGCUCUACCCAGACCUACCAAUAGUUGCUGCGGACGUUUCAUCAGGAAUGAUACGUCAGGCGCGAAAAGUCGUGGAAAAGGAGGGCAUGAAGAACGUGACCUUGCAGGUCGAAGAUGCCACCAAUCUGCAGGGUCUGGCGGAUGAGAGCUUCACCCAUACGUUUUGCCUUGCCAUGAUCGGCAGCGCCCCUGAUCCACAGAAGGUCGCCAGCGAGAUGUACCGCGUCACCCGGUCCGGUGGCGUUCUAGGUAUUGGGUCCUGGGUGGGUCACUGUUGGCCUGAAGCUGUUCAGAGGGCAGUUCGGCGUGCACUGGACAAGCCGGAUUACACUGCCCCUCGAAUGGUAGACCCCAGUACAGGCUCUGCAGAAGCUCUCAGGAAGCUGCUGCAGGAUGCCGGGUGGGAGGUUUUGGAUGUGAAGGAGCAGAAAGCCUACUUCAACUGGCCGAACAAGCAGGCAGCUAUGGAUUUCUUCUUCGACAAGGAGCAUGUCAACCCAAUCGCCGAGCUCAUGUCGAAAGAACUUGACGACGAGCAGAUGCGAAAAUUCCGGCCAGAGUUCGAGAAGGCAUUCGAUGAAGUGUGGCCUGAUGCGACGAAAAUGUAUGAGACGGCACCUCUCGCUGUGGCGAGGAAGAAGUGAUGGAGGCAAGUAACUCGUACGCUGUACUCCUGUCGCGAGGCAGCCCGUCAACGUAUUGUGCAGAAGUCUUUGCGUGCUUCUCGGCUUCUAUUCAGCCUGCAAAUCCGCGAGACUCGCUCUCGGAUUGCUGCGAAGAAAGCGUGCGCGAGGCUUACCCUGCUCUACCCUCCCCAUUCUACGGGUGUACAUGCUUCAUAGAGCUGAUCGACAGGGGCAGCACUGCACGACCUAGCGACCGUUUUCCAGGCUGAGAUGGCAG